AUGACCGAUCCAGUAUGGCCAGCCGGCACCGAACGGGCCGUUGAAAAGGACGAAGGCGCCUCUCGAGCGCACGGAUACCGCACAGCUGCAUUGGACAGCCGGGUCGCCCCGGCAUUGCCGACCCAGACCGCCGGGCAUGAGUCAAGGCCAGAUCAUACAGCACAGUGGCCAAGCUGUCCAGGCGAAUCCAGGGCGGGCGCGGUGGGGUUGCAUCAUGAUGCAAGUGCUGAGGUGCUCGGAGGCCAUCGACUCUGCGAUGGCGCACACAUCCCGCAACCCAGAAGAGAGCUCCACAGACAACUCCAGCACGAAGUCGGGGCCACCACACAACCCGGUGAUCGCCAAGCGGCGGGACGGGUAUGCCAGCAUAGACAUAAUCCUUGUUGCCAAAUGUCUCGCAAGGAAUGUCGUACAUGCACCGCAACACUUUUCUUUGAGAGCGAGGCGCUGUGCAGACAUAUAAGGGCGUUCGAAGCUAUGGUUCGCAAAGGUUUUCGGCCUACGCGUACAGCGGGAACCAGCAAGUCACAAUUGGGUCCUUUGCGUCUGCUGCAGAGGCUGCUCGCGCCUAUGACCGCGAUCGUCAAGGCAGAGCCGAACAGCACGACUUGUGUGCGGCCUGGCGUCCAAACUACUACUCAUCCUCCUAGUCAAGGUUCUCUCAACGGCACGAAAGACGACCUCCUGCGUCCAGGGCGCAGCCUCGCGCUACACAGGGAGACAAUGGGAGCCCACACGGGCGACGGGUUACUCGGCCGUGGCAACGCCCAUGCUCGUGAUCCCGUCCCUGCUGCUGGAGACCCCACAGCUGCACUGACAAAGCGCAAGGCCAGUGCUGAAGACGUCGCUGGCCACCACGAGGGCCGUUCGAAGCGUGGUCGCCGUGAAGACACGUGCGUCGCGCCGAUUGCGUCCGACGUGGACGCGAACGGCCGAACCUGCGGACACGGGGAGGCGUGCGAGAACCAUGAUUGCGUGGACAAGCUGUCAGCCGAAAGCUUCCAGGCGCUGGCGAGACGCCUGUUCGCCCUCUGCGGAGAGGCGACCGACGACCACCAGGGCGUUGUCGCGCGAGGAAACCUCCAGACGGUCUCAGGUACAGCCGGUGCACCUUCCUGCGACCUGGCGUGGCGGGAGGACGCGGCUGCAAAUGGCGCUGCGGGUGCGCCAGCUUUGCCUACUCCGGCAGGUGCAGCCUGCGACCCUUCAAUCUUCGGGAGCAACUGCGGGCAAGUUUCAUCAGCUUCACGAGGGCACGCACUCUUGUGCAUAACUGCACUGCUGGCUACCAUGGGCGUGUCGCCUUCGGGACACGGUGCGCAGCCUGCUUCGACGUCCAGCGACGUCCAAGGGACGUGGGAACAUAAGGAACGGAGAUUCAAAGGGGUGCGAAGGCACAGCAACACUCGCUUCACUGCAUACAUGUAUGAUGGCGGCAGACAGCAGAUAAUCGGCAAUUUCAAGACUGCAGCAGCAGCUGCGCGCGCGUACGACCAGCAAAUGAUCCAGUCGAAAGGACUCGAAGAGGCUCUGCGCCGGGGCGUCAAUUUUCCUGAGGUUUUCACAGGGCACAUAUACGAGCUCGUGCUGCAGCUGCGACGAGCCGCUCGUCGGGAUUUGGCGGAGACUGCACAAGCAAGUCAGCGGCCUGAGGCUGGACGUCUCGUCCUGGACGGAGCCACCAAGGCUCUCACCGAGCCCCAGCGUAGCGCAGCAGCCGGGGCUGCAACCCACCUUCUGAAUGUGGACGGGGCUGUUCGCGAUCAUGUUGACGUUGAUUGUUCGCGAUGCUCAUAG